GAUAUUAUGGUUUGCUUAUGAGAACUACUGUCUCGCGUGGACACUGCUUCCAUCUUGUUUAGCUUUGCGACUACUCAACACCAUGCCCUUCAGGAUACCAUGAAGGAUACGCAUUUAUGAAUCCGGUUUUGCCAAAGGAUAUUACAAGCGUCGCAGGUACCGCAGCUGCGGAAUGGCCGCGGGCACUCUCGCUGACUCAACCCUCCUGCAUUACACUUAACAACAUGUAAUGUUAGCAUACAGCGCAUGUCUUCUUGAGAGCCGUGGCUAGCUCCAGGCGUUGUCCCAUUCCGCUGCGGGCAUGCCGGCCCCGGUUUGGGUGCUCGACGCGGCUGCACCGGCGUCGGGUUCAGAGUCAGCUGAUCAGCAGAAAAGCUCUGGCGAGCCGCCGUCGCCGUCGCGCCUGCGGCAGGGUGCGCUUAAGGGCUCCAGCCUGCUGCAGCUCGACCUGCAUGGCCAGGGCCCCUCCUCGCAGGCGGCGGCACCCGCCGUGAGCGGCCCCGCGUCCCCCGCGACUGCGGCAGCGCAGUGGAAGCCGGCGAGCAGCUUCAAGUCCCUGGCUGGCCCCGAAGGCUUCGGCACCCCCGGCAGCCAGCAGCCACACCCAGGGCUGCUGCUCUCCCUGCUCUCCGCCGCCCGCGCCCCAGGGGCUGCGGCUGUAGCAGGCCGCACCUCGCCCCAGCACGCGGGUGCUGCAGCUACAGCUCCUGCUGCUGCUACUGCAUCCCCCCCCACUGCCACUGCUGCCGGAGCCGGAGGCGGAGCCGGGCCCGGCAGGCGGGCAGCGGGCGCGGGCGCAGGCGCCAGCGCCACCUCCCCGCCGCGCAUCGGCGCCGCUGCCGCGGCGGCCGCGCUCACAGGCCCACCCACAGCGCCCUUCUCCUACAGCCCACUGCUUCCGCCCCACCACCAGAACGGACAGUCCCGCAGCGGGGCCAGCGUUCCUGCCGGCAGCGGGGCCGGCACCAGCACCAGCCCUAGGAUUGGCGCCGGCGCCGGCGCUAGGGCUGCUCAGAACGGGCAGAACGGGGGAGGAGGAGGGAGUUCAGCCGGGCUGCCGCCGUCCGCGCUGAGGGUGGCCGACGGCGGCGACGUGCGGAGAGGCAGUGGCGGCGGUGCUGGCGGUGCCGGCGGCUCUGCCGCCGGUGGCGGCGCCGCAGGGGCCCGCCAGACAGCGGCCGGGCGGUCGCAUGGGCCGCUGCCGCCGGCGCCGCCGCCGGCCUACUACCUGUCAUCCGGCGCUGCAGCGGGGGCGGCGGCGGCGACAGGGGUGCGCUACCCCAGCCCUCCGGUCACGGCAUCCUCCGGCGGCAGCGGCGGCGCCGAUGCGGACUCGGCGUUUGAGUACCUGGGUGCUUAUGAGGAGGACGCGCCGAGUGGCGAGGACGAGGAGGCGGAGGAGGAGGCGGAGGGCGAGGAGGAGGCGGAGGGUGAGGAGGGGGAAGCCAGUAGCUCAGAGGGCGGGCAGGACAGCGAUGCCGAUGAGGAAGGGGAGGGAGAGGAGGAGGAUGGGGAGGAGCAAGGAGGUGCAAAGCGGCUGGGACGUCACUGGCAGCAGCAGCAGCAGCAACAGCAGCAGCAGUUGCCGCAGCGGCCGCCGGCGCGGCAGCAGGUGCGGCCGGCGGCGCCGGCGGUUGGUUCGCGUCCAGGCGCGGCAGUAGGCACGGCGGCGGCCGGGAGCCGCUUGUCGGCACAGGCACAGGCUGUAGCAGCUGCCAAGGUGGCAGCCGCCGUCAACGCCGCCAGAUCCGGCGGCGCGCCGCUGCGUGUGUUGCUGCAGACCUCGGUCUCCCCAACACUGCAGAUGCAGCGCCCGCCCAGCGGUGGUGGCGGUGGUGGUGGAGGCGGUGGAGGCGGUCGCCAGCCGCCGCCGCUGCCGCCCAGCCUGCAGCAGCUGCAACUGCAGCACCAGCAGGCGCUGGCGGCGCUGGGCGCUGGAUCUGGAUUUGGAUUCGGGCCGGGGUACGCGCCUGGUUCUGGGUUGGGACCUGGAUCUGGAUCCGGAGUGGGAUCGGGCGCGGACAACCCGGUUCUGGCAGCCUACGCGGCGGCCACGGCGUUUCCGCCGCCUGCCCACCAGCCGCAGCAGCAGCAACAGCAACAGCAGCGUGGCGGGUACCACCCACCCUACUUCAUCGCCCAGCAGCAGCAGCAGCAGCAGCAGCAGCAGCAACAACAAUACCAACAACAACAGCAGCAGCACCAGCAGCACCCCCAGCAGCACCCCCAGCAGCAGCAGCACCUGGCGGUGAUGCCCCUGUCGCUCACAAGCCCAGUCGGCAGCAAGCCCGGCACGCCGGUCGCAUUCGGCGGCGGCCGCCGCAGCUCGCAGGGCCCGCUGGCGGUCCUGGUCAGCGCCGGCGGCGCCGCCGGCUCGGGUCUCACGGUCUCUUCGUUUGGGCCGGGCGCUCUGUCGGGGCUUGGCGUCAUGGGGCUCGGCCAGCAACUCCAGUACCAGCAGCACCAUCAGCACCAACCCCAGCACCAGCACCAGCACCAGCACCAGCACCACCAGCACAACGGUCAUUACCACGCUGGCGGCGGUGGUGGCGGAGGCGUCAGUGGCUCACGGGAGGGAUCGCUGCUGGACGCCUCAUCACGGCCCGGCACCGGCGCCUCCGCCGCCUCCGCCGCCUACUGGUCUACAGGGGGCGAGUCUGCCGGCGGCGGCGGCGGAGGUGGAGGCGGCUACGGCAGCGGUUACGGCGGGGGUGUGGGCGGGCGCUAUGAGGGAGGCGAGGGCGUCGGAAGUGGGCUGCAGUCCCGCUCCUCGGCUAGGGAGCGGCGCCCGUCCGGCAGUGGCAUCGGCGGUGGCGGCGGCAGGCUGGGCGGUAGCGGCGGAGGCGGAGUGGCGGCGGAGCGGAGAGCCGCGAGUAACCCCCGCGACGCCGGCGCCCUCUCCGCCCGCGCCAGCCUUACCGGCACCGGCGGUGGCACCGGCGGCGCUGGCAGCGGCGGCGGGCGCAGCCUGAGCCGCUGCAGUAGCGCCGCCAGUACAAGCAGCCGUGGCCGUGGCGGCGCCGCUGGCACCGCCAGUGGCGGAGGCGGCGGCGCCGGAGGCGGAGGCAGCCGCUCAGUGCAGCAGACUGCUGCGCUGCUCGCGUCCCUGGGCCUGGGCUCUCCCACUGGCGCCUCCCACCCAGCCUCCGCUCGCCGCAAGGCCGGCGGCGCCGGCGCCGGCGUCAACUCCCACUCCGGCCCGCCCACGCCCUCCGCCGCCGGCGGCGGCGGCGGCGGCGCCAGCGGCGGGAGCAGCGGCUACGGGCCCGUGGCUCGUACUCGUGCCGCCACCGCCUCGGCGCGUGGCGCGGCGCGGCCGCUGCACCCGGCAGUGCUGCCGCUGCCGCGCGCGCCGGCGCCGCUCGCGGAGGCUGCGUCGGGCUCCUCCUUGUCCUCGCCCGGACCUCCGGCAGCCACCCCGGGCCGGGUGGUGGACGAGGUUCCCACGGACGCCAAGGGGCGGCCCUACCCCUACAUCCUGCCGCCCGCCUUCCCAGGCACCUGCCCCACCGUCGCCUUCGCCCACCACUACAGCCACGGCGGCAGCGGCGCCGCAGGCGCCGCCUCCGGCGGCGCAGCCGCCGGCUCCGCCGCCGCUGCCGCUGCGGCGGCGCGGCACCAGGCGGCUGGCCUGCAGCCGCUGCUGAGCCCCACGCUGUACGUAAAGUACGGCGGGGUGGCCAACGGGCCGGUGCGGGCGGCGUUCCGGGAGGGCGGGCUGCGGCCCACGCGCAAGGGGCGGCGCUGGCUGGUGCAGUGGGGCGGCAUCCUGGACGGCCCCGCCUUCGCCAAGCUGCACGCCUUCCAGCGCGUCAACCACUUCCCAGGCACGUGGGAGCUGGGGCACAAGGGCCACCUGUACCGCAACGUGUACGCGGCGCGGCGCAGGUGCCGCAGCGGCCCGGCCGCCGAGGCCUUUGACAUCGUGCCCAGGUUCUACAUCAUGCCACGCGACUAUGACGAGUUCCGGCAGGACACAGAGCGCUUCCCGGACCGCCUCUACAUCCAGAAGCCCACCAACUCCUCCCGAGGCCGCGGCAUCCGCAUGGUCACCCGCCCAGAGUCCAUCAGCCGCGACACAAAGGACACACUCAUACAGCACUACGUGUCCAACCCGCUGCUGCUCCGCGGCUUCAAGUUCGACAUGCGCGUGUACGUGGCGGCGGCGUGCCUGGACCCGCUGAGGCUGUACGUGUUCCCGGACGGACUGGCGCGAUUGGCCACAGAGCCCUACAGCGCGGACCGGGCAGACCUCAGCAAGCGCUGCGUGCACCUCACGAAUUACUCCGUGAACAAAAAGAGCGACAAGUUCGUCCAGGCAGGAGCCGGGGGCGCCGCCGGAGACGGCGCCGCCGCCGCCGCCGCCUCUUCCUCAAGCAAGGCUGGCCGUGCCAGCAUGACCGCCGGCGGCGGCGGCGGUGGCGGCGGCGGCGGCAGCCGCCACCAGCAGCACGGCAGCGGCGGGUCGACGCCGCCGGACCCGCUGUCGGAGUGUGUGGGCAGCAAGUGGAGUCUGUCGGGGCUGCGGGCGUACCUGGAGGCGAGCGGCGUGGGGCCGGGCUGGGCGGCGGUGUGGCGGCAGGUGGGCGCGCGCCUGUGGGUGUGGGGUUUUGACAUCAUGCUCACUGACACGUUCCGGGCCUGGCUCAUCGAGGCAAACACAUGCCCCAGCCUGGCCGCCGACAGCCCCCUGGACUGGCGCGUGAAGCAGUCCAUGGUGGGCGAGCUGAUGCACCUGCUGGGACCCGUGCCGUACAGCACAGAGGUGUACGAGAGGGCCACCGAGGCCAAGCGCCAGGCCCGACUCACCGGCCUACCCGCCGCCGGCAGUGGCGCCGCCGGCAGUGGCGGCGGCGGCGGCGGCGCAGACGCUGCGGCGGCGGCGGCGGCGGGUCAGGAGGGCAUUGGCGGCAGCGGCAGCUACGGCUCUGUGCAGGCGCGCACAUUGCAGGAGCUGGAGAGCGUGGACUUCACAGCCCUGUCCCCGGCCGAGCUGCCCGACAUCGUGCUAGAGGCGGAGGCGGAGAUGGCGCGGCGCGGCAGCUGGCAGCGCGUGUUCCCCUGCCAGGAGGACCCCACCCGGUACCUGGAGCUGUUUGAGACGCCGCGCCUCAACAACGUGCUGUUGUGCAAGUACUACGCCCAACGCAUGGCGGGAGGAGGCGGAGGAGGCGGAGGAGGGGCAGGAGGCGGAGGAGGGGCAGGAGGCGGAGGAGGGGCAGGAGCAGGAGGAGGGGGUGGGCUGGGGGCGCGGCCGAGCACCGUCAGCCGCGGCGCGCGCGGCGCGGGCGGGGGUGGCGGCGCGGCGCCGGGGAGUCGGCCCGCGUCUCGCAAGUAGAAGUAGAGGGGGGGCGCCGGCGGCCUGUGGAAACUCGUGCGUGUGGGGGCGGGGGUGCCGGGGAAUGUAUGUAUCAUAUGGGCAUGCAUGUGGCGGAGCCGGGCCACGGGCCGGCGUGUACGGCAUAGCGUUGAGCUGGAGCACGUGGAGUGUGCCGGUACGAUUGGAUUGGCCGGCGAGCCCCGAAAGAAUGAAGUUGAGAUCGCACGUUCAUAUGUUGUCGGCGAUGUUGAAAGGUGCUGAUGCAUGAUGGUGCUGACUACCGUAUGGUGAAAUGUUGAUGGUGGUUCGUGCCAAACUAACAUGCAAGCUCAUCAAGUAUAGCAAUGCAUACAGUAAUGUUAGGCAACGUGCGUGACCCACGUGCGUGACCUAGGCGCUGGCUUUGAUGAUAGAACGCGUCAUGCGCGUCUGUCAAGCUGGCACAGGGCCUGGGUUUGCCUGGGUUGCGCAAGACGAAUUUUGAAUGACAUGUGUGUGUGUGUGUGUGUGUGUGUGUGUGUGUGUGUGUGUGUGUGUGUGUGUGUGUGUGUGUGUGUGUGUGUGUGUGUGUGUGUGUGUGUGUGUGUGUGUGUGUGUGUGUGUGUGUGUGUGUGUGUGUGUGUGUGUGUGUGUGUGUGUGUGGCGACGUUACGGGGCAGUUGGUGGAGGGAGUCCGUGGAUGCGAAAGGGGCAGUGUGCCAGUGUGCGCCAAGGGUCCGUGGGUGCGACGGCGGCCGUCACGGCCCCGUAACGGCUUUUGUAAGAGCACAACGUA